ACAAACCGGAAAACGAAUCACAUGUUGCCUUCUGAAAACACAAACCGGGGCUGGCUGAGACGAGGACUGACUCUGCAAAAUUAACGAAGCUGUUGCUGAUCGUGUAAUAUUCUCAAGGGAAAAGUCACCUUCGAGCUCAGUUCAUUUGGCCUAAGGGUGAACGUUUGGAAAGAUGACUUCUCUUCCAGCACUUUUUAAGUACGUGGACGAAAACCAAGAACUGUACAUUCAGCGUUUGGCAGAAUGGGUAGCAGUUCAGAGUGUUUCUGCAUGGCCAGAGAAACGUGGAGAGAUUAAAACGAUGAUGGAGAUGGCAGCAAAGGAUAUUGAGAAACUUGGCGGAACGGUGGAGAUGGUUGACAUUGGCAAACAGAAGUUGGCAGACGGUCAGGAGAUCCCACUUCCUCCCAUUGUUCUGGGGCGUCUCGGUUCAGACCCUGGCAAGAAGACCGUCUGCAUCUACGGUCACCUCGACGUCCAGCCUGCAAAUAUUGAUGAUGGCUGGGACACAGAGCCUUUCAAGCUGGUGGAGAAAGAUGGGAAGCUGUAUGGGAGAGGCUCCACAGAUGACAAGGGUCCUGUCCUGGCCUGGUUCAACUGCAUUGAGGCCUACCAGAAGACCAAGCAGGAGCUUCCCAUCAACAUUAAGUUCUGUUUUGAGGGGAUGGAGGAGUCUGGCUCUGAGGGCCUAGAUGAACUGAUUUUCUCCCGGAAGGACACUUUCCUCAAGGAUGUCGAUUAUGUUUGUAUCUCGGACAACUAUUGGCUGGGAAAGACCAAGCCCUGCAUCACCUACGGACUACGUGGAAUCUGCUACUUCUUCAUUGAGGUGUCUUGUUGUGAGAAAGACUUGCACUCUGGCGUUUUCGGCGGUUCAGUGCAUGAAGCUAUGACUGACCUGAUUUCCCUGAUGGGCACACUGGUGGACAAAAAGGGAAAGAUCAUGGUGCCAGGGAUGUACGAGUCUGUGGCCCCUCUCACAGAGGAAGAGAAGAAGCUCUAUGAGAAGAUUGACUUUGACAUGGAUGAGUACUGCAAGGAUGUCGGGGCAUGCAAAUUACUGCACGACACCAAGGAACAAAUCCUGAUGCAUCGGUGGAGAUACCCAUCUCUGUCUCUACAUGGCAUCGAGGGGGCUUUCUAUGAAGGUGGGGCCAAAACUGUCAUCCCACGGAAGGUCACCGGCAAAUUCUCCAUCCGUCUCGUCCCUGACAUGGACCCUCAAGUGGUGGAGAAACUGGUCAUCGGUCACCUGGAGAAGAAGUUUGCUGAACUGGAAAGCCCCAACAAGCUGAAGGUCUACAUGGGCCAUGGAGCAAAGGCCUGGGUGGCAGACUUCAACCAUCCCCACUUCAUGGCUGGCAGGAAAGCCAUGCAGACUGUGUUUGGAGUCGAGCCUGACCUGACGAGGGAAGGUGGAAGUAUCCCCGUGACCUUGACCUUCCAGGAAGCUACCGGCCGCAACGUCAUGCUGCUGCCAAUGGGCUCCUCAGACGAUGGUGCUCACUCACAGAACGAGAAGAUCAACAGGACUAACUACAUCCAGGGAACCAAACUGUUGGCAGCCUACUUCCAUGAAGUAUCUUUGCUGAAGUAACUGGACUGUUGUCUUAACUCUGGGGAGCAAGGCUGGAUAUGGUGCACUGUGAAAAGCAUUCUCCGUAAGGGCUUGUUCUCAGUGCAGUUGAGGUUCUGAAAUACAGCUACGUGUUCUCUUUUGAAAAGCAUAAUUGCAACAUGCACAAGUAUUACUCUUAACAUGUUUUCUUACUGGAGGUUCCAAUUGUAAAUCGGUUAUCAAUUACUCUGCUAUAC